ACGCUACAAAACACAGUCCCAUAUAUUCUCUACUGUAAAAGUAAAUUUUUUCUUCCAUUUUUUCCUUUGACGGAUCGAAAAGAUGUCUCCAUGUCAAAACAUCAUUGUUAUGGCUAUAGCAAUAACGUCAAUGGUGUUACUGUGUGAUCUUACUGGUGCUGCAACCAUUCGGGUUGGCGGCGCAGCCGGAUGGGGUUUCGCGAUGGACGGUUGGCAGAAGGGACAAACAUUCAACGUCGGCGAUGUUCUCGAGUUUAAGUACGACCCGACGUUGCACAACGUGGUGGUAGUGAGCAAGGAAGAUUACGAGUCGUGCACCCCGAAGGGGAAGACGUUGAACUCCGGCGACGAUAAAGUGACGUUGACCGCCAGCGGAACCACCUACUACAUCUGCGGUAUCGCCGCUCAUUGUGCUUCCGCCGGAGUCAAAGCCGCCAUCACCACCGUCUGAUGAUGAAGAUUUCAGUUAUUUAUAUCUGUCUAUCUUCGAUCAAUUAUUAUUAUUAGUAUUAGUAUUCGGCCAAAUUAUAUUCUAUGUUGCAUUGUUAAUGAGCGAGCCAUAAUGAGCAAAGUAGAAUUUAAUUAAAUUAAACAAGGAUUGGUCAAGCAUUAUUAAUUAAUAAUUACUUUCUCCGAUC